GGCUAUUGCUGCAGGGGCAAGGAGCGCAGCUCGAAAACGCGCCGUGAGCAAGGAAUUUGAGCGGGAACUGUGUUCUUUCAUUUCCUGCUGAAGGGAGGACGGAUCAGCCGCCCAAGUAGAAUGAACCCUAGAUGUGGUACUUCGAUUCGAACUAACGCCAGGCUGACACCGAGCGCAAUUUUCUCAUUUAUGGGUUCGGUAUUUGCAAGGUGAGUCGAAGUGGCGGGCAUAAGAACGACUGCGCGCCGAGGAACCGUAUCGGCAGCGGGACACGUGUCAACAAAAGAACCGACUAUGUAAAUGAGCCGUUGGUGAACUGCUGUGGCAGUGUCGGCCAGGAGAACACGCGCAUGAUUGCCCAAUCAGAGAGCGACUGUGUGCGCGCGGUCUACCCCUCCGCACGUCAGCGCACUUAGAGAGAGAGAGAGAGAGAGAGAGAGAGAGAGAGUGGGCGAAAGUUACGAGCGGUGAAGUCGGGAAGCAAGACGAGCGCAAGGAAUCAUGAUCAGCAGCGGGCGUUCCUCCGCGGUAGGCGCGGCGCGGAAUGCCGUCGCUUCUCUUCUUCGGAGUUCGGGAUCGGGAUCGGGAGGGCAAGGCGGUGUCCUGCGCGUCUGCACGUCUGCCACGUGUCAGCAGCCUCAGCCAAGUCAGCAUCAACAACAAGCAUGGGGCGCAGAGGAGUCCAUCUCUGCAGAUCUCGGAACGAGUUUUUCUCUGAGAAAUGCGACUGCGUCGCCGCCCGCUUCUGCUCCGUCGUCGAUCUUCCAUCAUCGACGGUUGAUGUCAACCUCAUCAGGCGAUCGCUUCACGGCCACGCUUUUCCCCGGCGACGGAAUCGGACCGGAGAUCUCGGCGGCGGUCAAGAAGAUUUUCGCGGCCGCUGAUGUGCCCAUCGAUUGGGAGGAGCACAGAGUGGGAGAGGUGGUUGACCCCAGGACAAGCAGUCUUGUCACGCGGGAAAGCAUGGACUCUGUUCUUCGCAACAGGAUCGGCCUGAAAGGCCCCAUGGCCACCCCGAUAGGCAAGGGCCAUAGAUCGCUUAAUCUUACCCUAAGGAAGGAGCUUAGUCUCUACGCCAAUGUCCGUCCUUGUCUCAGUAUCCCGGGUUACAAGACAAGAUACGACAACGUGGAUGUCGUCACGAUCCGCGAAAACACAGAGGGAGAGUACAGCGGUCUCGAGCAUCAGGUAAUUAAGGGGGUCGUUGAGAGUUUAAAGAUCAUCACAAGAAGCGCUAGCUCAAGGAUUGCAGAGUACGCAUUCAAGUACGCUAAGGACCACGGCAGGAAGAAAGUCUCGGCCAUUCAUAAGGCGAACAUCAUGAAGAAGACGGACGGAUUGUUCCUGGAAUGCUGCAGGGAGGUUGCGGCUAAUUACCCCGAUAUUAUAUAUGAAGAGGUGAUCAUUGACAAUUGUUGCAUGCUGCUUGUGACUGAUCCUGCGGUGUUUGAUGUGCUUGUGAUGCCUAAUUUGUAUGGGGAUAUCAUCAGUGAUCUGUGUGCGGGACUGAUUGGUGGGCUGGGAUUAACGCCAAGCGGGAACAUUGGUCAUGAUGGGGUCGCACUCAUGGAGGCCGUGCACGGGACCGCGCCCGAUAUCGCCGGGAAAAACGUGGCCAAUCCGACGGCGCUGCUGUUGAGUGGAGUGAUGAUGUUGCAGCAUAUAGGAUUGACACGUCAUGCGGAGAUUAUUCACAGGGCUGUUCUCCACGUCAUCAAAGAAGGGAGAUGGCGGACCAUGGACCUGGGUGGGACGGCGACAACGACAGAAUUUACCUCAGCUGUCUGUGAUGCGCUCAAGGCCUAGGCGGCUAUAGCCCUCUUGUAGCAGCUCAAUAAUUUGUUAACACCCUCACCCUCUUCUCCUAUCCGUUCUUCAAUUCUUUUCUCUCUUUUCUCUUAUUCUUCUCUCUCUGUCUGUCUGACUGUCUGUCUGUCUGUCUGUUUCGCUGCAUACGCUAGGUCGGUCGUUUAUCUUUUCGCCGCGACCCCCCUCGUAGUUUUCCCUUCGCUUUUCCCCGUUUUCUUGUCCCUCCCGCAUUUGCUCUCUCUCUCUCUCUCUCUCUCUCUCUCUCUCUCUCUCUCUGUAUCUCUCUCUCUCUAUCUCUUGCCCCCUUCCUCUCUCACGCACUCUCGCAUUGCUCGGUCGGCGCUCGGUGCUUCUUUCUCCCUGAUAGCCUCUCGCUUUUCGUCGCGCACCUGCUAUCUUCUUGAGGCACGAGCGCUCUACUUCUUCAUAAUCGUAAUUACAAGCUUUGAAGAUUAAUCGCGAUGAAUGUGAAUUACUCACCCUUAGAGUUUGCUAAAUGUUCGCUGAAGUUUACUACUUCCUACUGUAGUUAAAGGUAGUGACCAAUAAAAUUGAGUUUUCAAU